GUGUUCUAGAAGAGGGGUGGAAAAGCAAGAAGAAAGAAUUACAAAUUGCGCUUCUUCGUGAAUAAAAAACGGUUGCGGCGUAACGACUGUACCCAUUAUAUGUGCAGUGAAAGUUCUUAAAAAACGGGGAAAAAGUCUUAAAUUAAUUAAACCAACUAAUUAUCGAAAUGUCCAGUCUGCCGAGCAAAAAAGCUAAAUUGUCUAAUGAUGGUGAUGGCAACGCGACGACUGCAAACGCACCUAAUGAGGAAGAGUCUGAGGCUUUGGAAUUAAUUGAUGCAUGUCAAAAUGAGAUUGACGCACUUAAUGAGAAGGCUAGCGAAGAAAUACUCAAAGUGGAGCAGAAAUACAAUAAAUUAAGGAAGCCAUGCUAUGAGAAGCGUAGCGAGUUAGUGAAACGAAUUCCGAACUUCUGGGUGACAGCGUUUAUUAACCAUCCACAAGUGUCUGCCAUUUUGGAUGAAGAAGAGGAGGAAUGUCUACACGCUCUUACCAAGUUAGAAGUAGAAGAAUUUGAGGAUAUAAAAUCGGGGUACCGUAUCCAUUUUUAUUUCGACGAAAAUCCUUAUUUUGAAAAUAAGGUCCUUACUAAAGAGUUUCACUUAGGAUCGGGAAACGCGGAAAACAGUGAUUGUCCAUCGUCGACGAGCACUCCCAUUCAAUGGAAAGAUGGUAAAGAUCUUAUAAGAUCAUGUAUGACAAAGCCGUAUCAACAAAAUAAGCGGAAACGACCUGCGGACUACAAGACAUUUUUCGAUUGGUUCUCAGACAACACUGAUCCUGUUAAUGAUGAGAUAGCUGAAUUAAUCAAAGAUGAUCUCUGGCCGAAUCCUCUUCAGUAUUAUUUAGUACCUGAUAUUGAGGUUGAACCAGAAGAUGAUGAUGAUAAUGAGGACAAUGAAGAGGAAUUAUUUGAUGAUGAAGAUGCAGAAGGCGAAGAAGAUGAUGAAGAAGAUGAAAAGUAAAUGCGGCGUUAUUUUUUAAUUGGUCUUCUAUAAAAUACCGCAAAGAUAAAUUUCUUUAACAUUAAGAAACGUAAUUGAAAGUGGCCACCAGCAGAAUAAUAAUUUUAUCUAUCCAAAACUUUUCUCAAUUUGACUUCAACGAAUAAAACUUUUUGACAUUUGCUAAAUUAAAUUAAUUAUGGGAAAUGUUAAUAAUUUGAUGUUGCGCUUCCCCUCUGUUGGAGUAUAAAAGUUUAUCACAUUAUGCAGCUUCUCACCAGACGAUAGCUUCAUAUAUGGAGUUUCAUUAUAGACGUGUUAAUUUCUAUGCGUAAAUACAAGGAAUUUGAAUUCAUACUACUUAGACUGUAUGUAUUUCCCGGAAAAGAAUUAAAAAUAAAUAUUACGAGAAAACAAUAGUAA